AUGGCGCGUAAGACUGAGUGCUGUCGGCUCAAUGGUCUGGAGAUCUCCCUCAUAGUUCUCUUCCUUUUGAUGACAGCGGUCUCAGUGGGGUUAAUAACAGUCCUGGCCCUCAAACUGGAUUCAGAAAAACAGGAAGUGACUCCAGAGGAGCCGAGCCCAUCAGUGGAUCCUCCAGAGAACCUUUAUCUGAUUGGUGUGGGUCGAGCUGACUGUACCGGGCCUGUGGCCGAUCUGCCCAUGAUGGGUUACGCUAAUACUGAGCAGACGGUGAGAGGGAUCCAUACACGUCUGUUCAGCCGAGCCUUCAUCGUGGACGAUGGCAGUAAAAGAGUGGUGUUCAUCACUGCAGACAUUGGCAUGGUCUCUCAGAGACUGAGGCUAGAGGUUCUGCAAGAGCUUAAGGCGAAAUACGGAGACCUGUACAGACAGGACAAUGUGGUCAUGAGUGGCACACACACACAUGCAGGCGUGGGUGGCUAUUUCCAGUACACCCUCUUUAUGAUCACCAGUAAAGGCUACAUUAAGCCGUCUAUACAAGCCAUCGUCAGUGGAAUAGUCAAGAGCAUUGAUCUAGCUCACAGGAAUUUGAGACCUGGACGAAUUUUUAUAAAUAAAGGACAACUAGUCGACAGCAACUUGAACAGAAGCCCACAUUCAUACAUGAACAACCCUGAGGAGGAGAGAAACAGAUAUGAAUUCAACACAGACAAGCAGAUUGUCAUCAUGAAAUUCACAGAUCUGGAUGGGGAUGGUAUGGGCUUGCUCAGCUGGUUUGCUGUUCAUCCCGUCAGUAUGAAUAACACCAAUCGCAUGGUGAGCUCGGACAACCUUGGCUACGCCUCCUAUGGCUUCGAGCAAGAGAAAAACAUUGGCUUUCUACCCGGUGAGGGUCCUUUUGUAGCCGGCUUUUCCUCCAGUAAUCUUGGAGAUUCAUCUCCCAACAUUCUCGGCCCCGUCUGUGUGAACACAGGCGAGAAGUGUGACUACCUUAACAGCUCCUGUCCCAUCGGUGGAAAAAAAGAAUGCUUAGCUUUUGGACCGGGUGAGGACAUGUUUGAAAGUACCAGGAUGAUAGGAGAGAAUAUGUACAAAAAAGCAAAGGAGCUGUACAGCAGUGCAAAGCAGGAGCUACAUGGGCCCGUUUACGGCGCACAUCAGUGGGUCAACAUGACCGAUGAGACUGUCCCAUUGAACUCAACUCAUACAGGACGGACGUGUAAACCUGCUCUGGGCCACAGUUUUGCUGCUGGUACAACUGAUGGGGGAGGAGAGUUCAACUUCAUGCAAGGGGAUACAAAUGGAGAUCCUUUCUGGGAUGGAAUAAGAGAUGCAGUUUUGGGACCGCCGUCCAACGAGACCACAGCUUGUCAUCGGCCUAAACCAAUCCUCUUCAGCACUGGGGAGAUGAAUUCGCCCCUCCCAUGGCAUCCAGCCAUUGUGGACGUUCAGAUCAUCACUAUUGGCUCUUUAGCCAUAGUUGCGGUCCCAGGAGAAUUUACUACCAUGUCAGGGAGAAGAAUACGAGAGGCAGUCAAAAAGGAGUUGGAGGUGAAAGAGUCUUUCGCUAAUGCAGAAGUGGUCGUUGCUGGUCUGUGCAACAUCUACACCCACUACAUCACAACAUAUGAAGAGUAUCAGAUCCAGCGAUAUGAGGGCGCAUCCACUAUUUUUGGCCCUCACACUCUCUCGGCUUAUAUCCAGCGCUACAGAGGCCUGGCCAAAGCUAUAGCUCAUGGAACAAUAAAAGAGCUGCCGAAAGGUCCUGAACCCCCUUUCUUUGAUGAAGACAAACUUUUUAAUCAAGUGAAGGACCCAGUGGCAGAUGUAGCACCAGCUGACACCGUAUUUGGUGACAUCUUAGAGCAGGUUAACCCUGUCUAUAAAGUGGGAGAAAUUGCAUCUGUCACAUUUGUCGCUGGAAACCCGAGACACUCUGGAGAUAUUAGAGAUAAGACAUUUGUCACAGUGGAGAGGUUUCACAACGACACCGACUCAUGGGAAAUAGUUCACACAGAUGCAUCGUGGGAAACGAGGUUUCACUGGAUUAAAGGACUUGCUGGCCGGAGUCAGUCAAAAGUGGAGUGGCACAUCCCGCUCACGGCACAGACAGGAACCUACCGGAUUCAACACUUUGGACACUACAAACAAAUCAUGGAUAACAACACCAUCACCACACCAUACGUGGGCACUUCUGAUGCUUUCAAAGUCACCAAAAGUUUUUACUACUAUUGAUCAGUGUAUCACUGAGAAAGACAUUAGAUGUGAAGCUGACAGAUAUUAGCUGCUCAUAAGGCAGUGUUCAAUUAACUUAAUAACUUAAUGUUGUUGUUCUUUACACUGUCUUUAAACUUUCAUACAGUGAGAGUACUAAAAUGUAAAAUUCACAGACACUGC